UGGUUAUUAGACGAAAGUUGCGCAUCGGUUCGUCAGUACAAGAAGAGAAUCGAUGCUGCGUGGUUUUAUGCUUCGUGAAAGUGUUGUGAUAUUUCUGAUUACUGUUUUCUUCUCUCACCGAUAUUUUUUCGGAACAUCGUUACAAGUUUAAACACUUGUGAAUGAAAAAUGCACACGAUAAAAAAACUCGCAUUGCUACCAAGGGCAUUCCCACUUCUCAUUCGAUCCGUAACAGCCGUUGAUACGAUGAACGGAAAUCAGGAUUAUAAGUCGGCCAAAUCGAUUUAUGAUUUCACGGCUAAUUCUAUUAAAGGCGAAGAAGUUCCUUUGUCGAAAUACAAGGAUCACGUAUGCCUGAUCGUAAACGUUGCCUCGAAAUGUGGACUCACUGCGACGAACUAUAAGGAACUGAAUGAACUCUAUGAUGAGUACGGCGAAUCCAAAGGUUUACGCAUCCUGGCUUUUCCAUGUAAUCAAUUUAAUGGCCAGGAACCUGGCAACAGUGAAGAAAUUUGCAGUUUCGCCGAUAAACAAAAGGUGAAAUUCGAUUUGUUCGAAAAAAUCGACGUUAAUGGUGAUCAUACUCAUCCUUUAUGGAAAUAUUUGAAAAAGGAACAAGGUGGUACUUUCGGGAAUUUUAUCAAAUGGAAUUUCACAAAGUUCAUCGUUAACAAAGAAGGACAAGUCGUCGAACGUCAUGGUCCUAACGUAGAUCCUAGCAAAUUGAAGGAAAAUCUCGAGAAAUAUUUUUAAUAACUGAAUAAUAAAAACCAUGUAUUACGUAUAUGUCAUAUCGAACAUUAAUAAUAGACUUAGGUGAAUAAGAGCAACGUGAUUAACGUAUAUUAUACACAGAUACAUGUAUAUGUAUAAAAAAAAAAAAGGUUCUUUUCUUAUGAUGUU